AUGGACAUGCCUUUCGAUGUUAGUGAACCUCAAGUUGAAGGACACGACGGCUUUGCCAGAUUCUACUGGAAACAUGACGAACAAUUGCAUCCUUUGAGAAGGAAAAAAGGAAAAGGUGAAGACGCACAUGCUCCCAUGGAAAGAACAAGAUAUGCAUAUGAAAAGUAUCGUGAAGUUAGAAGUCAAAUUACAUCUGGUCGAACCUUUACAGUAAACUUUGACGAAGGAAAGAACAAAGAAGGCUUCAUGGGAGUACUUGCUGCAAUUCAAGACGGAAAUAAGAAAGGACACAAUCUCAGAUUGACCAUAACAGAUUUGGAUGGUCACAUUUACUAUGCACAUGGCAAUGAACAAACAGCCGCAAAACUUCUUGACGCUUUCAAGACUACAAAGAGAGAACAAAUGGUUGACUCCGACUCAGACAUUUUGAAUGCAAUUGAAGGAAUUGCAAGUGUCAAGUUCGAAUGGUACCAACCUAACCCUCAAGCAGUCAGACAA